AUGAUAACAUCUGUUUCUCUACUGUCACAGUUUCAAAGAACAUUUGAGUCUCUAAGAAAUGUGUCCAGCAAAUCUGAACUACAGAAAACCUACCAAAAGCUGGGGAAAGAUCUGGAAAAUCUAGAUUAUUUGGCUUACAAACGUCAACAGAGCUUAAUCAUCUUGGAUCCACUUGCCAUAAAAGAAGAGGACAUAAGGCCAUCACUAGAGAAGCGUUUAGAAGCGAUCAUCAGUGGGGCAGCUCUGUUAGCUGAUUCUUCCUGCACACGUGACUUUCAUCGAGAACAUAUUAUCACAGAGUGUAAUGCCAUCCGCCAGGCUCUCCAAGAUCUUCUUUCUGAAUACAUGAAUGAUGCUGACAAGAAAGACAAGAAUAAUGCCCUGGAUAGUGCAAUAGAUAACAUGUGCAAGAAAACGAGAGACCUUCGCAGACAGCUCCGUAAAGCUAUAAUAGACCAUGUUUCAGACUCCUUCUUGGAUACCACUGUUCCACUUCUAGUUCUUAUUGAAGCUGCUAAAAAUGGAAGGGAAAAAGAAAUGAAGGACUGUGCUGCUAUUUUUCGAGAACACACCAGCAGGCUUGUAGAGGUAGGUUUGAUGGAUCUGCAUUGGAUUGAAUAUAUUUGAUAAGUGACCACCUACUGUACUUUUUCUUUUGCUGUCUGAUUUGAUAACAUAAUUAUGUAUGGUAUUUCAGCAAAGAAUGAACAGCUAAGUUCAAUAAUAACACAGGCUUUCUACUUUUACGUCAUGUAUACCUCUAAGUUGUAAGUUUAUGUGGCCUUGUCCACACAUGACAUGGAAACCAGUGGGCUUUUUCUUCUGUAUUGAAAUCAAAGAGAGUUUUUUCACAGAGGGAUCCUUUGUCAUUAGUUCAAAUGCAUGACCAUAACAAGCAAUCCUUUGCAAUCAUCUGAAACUAUACAAGUGGAAACACCAUGUUAAUGUUAGUUAUUGUUUCUUUUCUCAUUCUUAAUAUUUCUGGCAUUCAGGGAUAUAUGAAGUAUACAACUAAACAUUCUGAUUUAGAGAAUGGCAUACAGUUUAACUCUUUGAGCCUGUAAGUUGACACAGGUGAGUGGAAGCCUAUAGCUAUAUGGAGCCCAAAGUUCAAGGAAGGGUAAGGAGCUGUCUACAUGGAUUGUAUGUGUUCAAAAUAAAUUCAUUUUUAUCACAAAAUAAUUUUAUUUGUAAAGAACAAAAUAUUAUCUAAUAUUUAGAAAUGUGCAGAACAGAAAUAAAUGAGUCUUGACACUCAAUCCUGCAAGUAUUUAUUUAUGUAAGUGAAUAAACUUAAAUAUAUACCUGUUAACUUAAAUGAGAUCCUUCAAAUGGUUUAAAUUACUUGUGCGUGUGUGCACUAGUGCUUUAAACAUUAAAUAGUGGAAAUGCCAAAGUUGUCAUCUCACAAGUAUAUUACUUCAA